AUGUCCGCCGGCCCGCAACCCCGCGAGCAGAGGCAGGCGCCCUCGCCCUUCUUCCCCCUCAGCUACAAGGAAGCCGCCUACCAAUGGUGGAGCUCCGUCACCCCCAGCAUGGCUGAGCGCAACGUCCUCCGCCUCAUGCCCGACAUCAAGGAAGCUAUCGACACCCUGGCCGACCCCAAUGCAGUCGAGACGACGUACCCUCCCGGGACGCGCAUCUGGCGUCGCACACUUGUUCGCCUGUCCGGCCGCAACCGCGCCCUGAAUGAGCUCUCGAUCGAGCGUGUCAAGGGACCCUCCGCCGACCGGUCCGCGGCGACGGCGGCGACGGACGACGAGGAGACUCUGGUCAUGGUGCACGGCUACGGUGCUGGCCUGGGCUUCUUCUACAAGAACUACGAGCCCAUAACGCGCAUGCCCGGCAUCAAGUUCUACGCCCUCGACAUGCUCGGCAUGGGCAACUCGUCGCGGCCGCCCUUCAAGAUCCACGCCAGGGAGAAGGAGGACCAGGUCGUCGAGGCCGAGAGCUGGUUCGUCGACGCCCUCGAGGAGUGGCGCGUCGCCCGCAAGAUCGAGCGCUUCACCCUGCUCGGCCACUCCCUCGGCGGAUACCUCGCCGUCUCCUACGCUCUCAAGUACCCGGGCCACCUGAAGAAGCUCAUCCUCGCCUCCCCCGUCGGCAUCCCCAGGGACCCCUACGCAGUCGACGCCGCCAUGCCCGGGCCUGACGAGUCGACGCUCGAGAACGAGUUUACCCAGGACCAGGAGAACGUCACGACCAAGCACCGUCCCGCUGCCGCCGCUCAGCCGGUACAGACCUCGUCUUCGUCUGCCGCCGCCGCUCCGGUCGGCAACAAGAUUCCUCCCAUGAUGCCCAAGCGUCCCCUUCCCAGCUGGCUCGUCUGGCUCUGGGACGCCAACAUCUCCCCCUUCAGCAUCGUCCGCCUCACCGGACCGCUGGGCCCCCGCUUCGUGUCCGGCUGGACCUCCCGCCGCUUCAACCACCUGCCCGCCGACGAGGCCCAGGCCCUCCACGACUAUGCCUUCUCCAUAUUCCGUCAGCGCGGCAGCGGCGAGUACGCCCUGGCAUACAUCCUUGCCCCGGGUGCCUACGCCCGCCGUCCCGUCAUCGAUCGCAUCCAGGACGUCGGCCGUCAACCUCUCCCCGCCCCGAGCAGUGCUUCUGCUGCUGCCGCUUCAGGCACCACCACCACCACCACCACCACCACCACCACCACCACGUCACCCCGUCGCCGCGAGACGGGUUUCCCCAUAGUCUUCAUGUACGGCGAGAACGACUGGAUGGACGUGGCGGGCGGCCUCGCGGCAGAGGAGAAGCUCAAGCAGGCUCGCGCGCGCGCCCUGGCCGACGCCACACCCGACGAGAAGGCACGUGAGAACGGCUCGGCUACCGUCAAGAUCAUAUCCGGCGCUGGCCACCACCUCUACCUCGAUAACCCUGGUGAUUUCAAUGACUUCAUCUGCAAGGAGAUGGAGAGCACGAGGGCUGAUGAGAAGAGGAGGCGCCAAUUAGACGGUUGA